AUGGUAGUCUGCAAUCUUCAUAUCGUCUCGCUCAAGCAGAGCAUCUCCGUUCCCGCGUUCCUCGCCGGGCUCCGUAAGCAUGACGUCAAACCAAUCGUGCAAGCCCAGGUGUUGCGGUGGAUGAUCCUCCCCACUCAGCUCUCGGCUGGAUAUCUCCUGAGCAGGAAUAUACAGUGGCAUCUCCUGCUCGGUCUGAAUGCUUCAGACUCUAUACCGUCAUCCCUACAGCAACACGUCGAGGCCGCCUGGACGGCAUCGUGCGGGGUAUCAGCCCGGGUGCUGAGUGACUACGCAAAGCACAACGCAGCACUGCUCAAUCCUAGCCCGGGCUCGGUGAAGCCUGCGCAGUUGCCUGCGGUGUCCGACACGUCGAAUUCGCAGAAUCUGGAGUUCUCCCCCGAACUCGAGAACUGGAUCGCCAAACUCGCGCCUCCGCUGCGGAACCACCCCGUUUCCAUGCUGAACCUCCUGGCUUUCAACGAAGGCAAGAAGGAUCAGUACAUCAAGUAUGGCACGGAGUUUUCGUCACGGGUGGGAGCACGUCAUGGCGGCAACGUGAAGAUUGCAGCCCGCGUCGUGGGCGGAGAGGACCAACAGGCUCAGCAUGAUGGAUGGGAUGAAGUAGCUUUUGUGCAUUACCCGACCGUGAAGCAUUUUGCGGCCAUGUCUGCAAGCCCAGAGUACCAGGAAGUCAACCGCAAGUACAGACUUGGCGCGUUGAAGGACACCUUUAUACUCUGCGUCGCAGAGAUAGAUGACGACGGACAGCUUAUGGGCGGUAGGGGAAACAAGGGGAAGCUGUAG